GCUAUGUUACGUUUUAUUCCGUUACGUUACGUUACGUUUUGUUCCGUUCCGUUCCGUUCCGUUACGUUACAUUAAGAACGUUUGCAGAGCAAGCAGCAGGGUAGUGGAAGAGCGGUCGAAUCUCCUUACGAAACUCGUCAUAAAACUCGAACAUUUGCAUUUGUCGUGUUUUUUUUUUUUUCCUCUCUCUUUUUCUUUUUUUCCCCUUUUCUGAAAUUUUGGAAAUCGUGCAUCAUCAAGAGAGUGCGGAAAACCCAAGACUCCCCCCCCCCCAAAAAAAAACAAAGACUGUGCGGAUCUUUCCCCAUUCUCGGGAAGUGGAUAAAGUUUGAGGGUGAUCUGAUCUGAUCUGAGUUGGGUAAUUGUUGUUAUUUUUUUGGUCGGUCUUUCAGUUGUUGGAUGAUUCUUUUCUUUUUUUCGGUCUCUCAGUUCGAAUCACGCUCAGAAAAAAGAAGAGCGAGCGAAAAAAAAAAACACAAGCUCUGAUUACAUGUGUCCAAGCUGAUCUGAUCUGGAUUGAGUCUACAUUCGGUCUCAGUUAAAAAAAAAAGUACUGGUAUAUAACUGCCGAUUGUAUUGAUUAAGGAGAAGUAAUUAAGACUUAGUAGGAGGUCCUAGUAGGAAGCAGGCAGGCAGGCAGACUUGAAUCUGUGGAGGAGGAGGAAGAGGGGGGUAAACGGAGGAACAGUAUUAAGAUAAGGAGGAGGAGAAAGGGGUAGGAAGAGGGGGAGGGGGAAGAAGAGGAGGAGGAGGAGGAGGAAUAGAAGGUGGAGAACGAGGGAGGGAGGGGAGGACGAGGAGGAGGGGUGGCAGGAAAGGUGGUGUAUGAGGCAGCGGAAAGAGGACUAGUUGUAGAGGAGGGGGAAAAGGAGGGCUAAUAGGACGAGGAGACGAAGAUAGGACGAGAAGGAAGAGGAGGCGGAGGAGGAGGAGGAGGGGGAGGAGGAGGAGGAGAAGGAGAACGUCUGGGCGAGGGAGUAAGGAAGGGAGAGGAGGAGGAGGAGGAGGAGAAGGAGGAAGAGGAGGAGGAGGACGAGGAGGAGGAGUAGGAGGAGGACGAGGAGAAGGAGAACGUCUGGGGAAGGGAGUAAAGAAGGGAGAGGAGGAGGAACAGGUGGAGCGGAGUGGAAGUGGAAAGGAAGGAGGAGGAGGCAGGUGAGAAUUGUUGGGAGAAUCAAGGACCCUUCGUCCUCUCUCUACUCGUCAUGGACGUGGACGUUAUCUCUCGGAAGCUCGCUCUGGAAGGGUGUAUGCCGGUGAUCAAGAAGGCCAAGGAGCUGUUAAGACUCUGCAGUAUCCGUUUCGAAGGUGGACUCGGAGUUGCAGAAUCGUGCAAAGCGGUUGUUUGUCUGGAGCUUGCUUGCUCAGAGCUGCAGGUGCCAUUUGACAGACAGAAGGCGAUACGGUUGAGUGGAUCAUCAGAGAAGCCGUAUACCAAGGCUCUGCAAACUGUUCAGAAUGCUCUUGGGAUCAGGUAUUUGACUGUGCACAUUAAUCUUCACAAGUAAUCAGGUAUUUGAAAAUAUGCACAUGUAUAUAGGGUUCGGCCUCCUGACGAGUCGGCGAAACUCAGCCGA